AAGCAAACCCCUACUCACACCUUACUCGUUCUUCUAUCUUCUUCAAUCGCCUUUUCGAAUUUCUCUCUCAGAUCUGCUGGGCUUUCGCAUUCCUCUAUCGAUUUCGCUUCUAAACUGUUUUUAAAAUGGCGCAAAAGAAGAGAGCUCUUCCAGAGAGCAAAGAGUCAGAUGUCUCUAGCUCUAGGAGUACUAGACCAAAGCGAGCCGCAGCAUGUACAGACUUCAAGGAAAAAUCCGUCCGUAUCUCUGAAAAAUCUGACAUUAUUGAAGCAAAGCAACUACAGACUGUGGAGGAGGAGAUUGUAGCUCUACACUUGACACCUUCUCCGCAGAGCGGCGAUGAACCUCGUCAAACCAGGAGGCUAACUGAUUUCCUCUUACAUGAUACAAAUGGAGUUCCACAGCCUGUGGAGAUGUUGGAGAUUGAAGACUGUUUCAUCGCAGGUGUUAUCUUACCUUCAGAUGAAUGUCCUGGCAAGGAGAAAGAAGAAGGCGUGAGGUGUCAAUCUUUUGGACGGGUGGAGAAUUGGAGUAUAUCUGGAUAUGAAGAUGGUUCACCGGUCGUUUGGAUGUCAACCGAGUUGGCAGAUUAUGUUUGCGUUAAGCCUGCUACUGGCUACAAGAAGAUGUAUGAUUAUUUCUUUGAGAAGGCGCUUGCCUCUGUGGCGGUUUAUAAGAAAUUGUCCAAGUCUGCUGGUGGGAACCCUGACUCGAGUCUUGACGAGUUGCUUGCGGCUGUUGCUAGGUCUAUGAGUGGAAGCAAGUGCUUUUCUAGCGGUUUUGCCAUCCAAGAUUUUGUUAUAUUCCAAGGGGAAUUCAUAUAUAACCAGCUUGCUGGUUUGGACGAGACUGCCAAGAAACAUGAAACAAGCUUCGCUGAGACUCCUGCGCUCGUUGCUCUCAGAGAUGAGAGUAGUAGACAUGACAAGGCUUUUCAGAUGGAAGGGAAAUCUUCUAAUGGGGCUCUGAGGAUUGGUGGCAUUUCUGAAGUUGCAGAGAGCGAGGCCUUGACAUCUGAUCAACGGGAUGAUGGUGUUGACGAGGACAGAAGAUAUGCUAGAAUUUUACAAGACGAAGAGUAUAGAAAAGCUCUGCAAAGGCCCAGGAAAAACAUCAGCUCAGCUUCUGCUUCAGAUAAGGUCUACAUAAAAAUCAAUGAAGAUGAGAUUGCCAACGACUAUCCUCUCCCAUCUUUUUAUAAGAAUACCCAAGAAGAAACAGAUGAGCUUUUAGUGUCUGAUGGCUAUGUGCUUGGCUAUGAGGAUCUACCUCGCAUGAUGCUUAAAAACUGGGCUCUUUACAACUCUGAUUCAAGGUUGAUAUCCCUGGAGCUUCUUCCGAUGAAGUAUUGUGCUGAUAUUGAUGUAAAUAUUUUUGGAUCUGGUUUGGUGGUUGAGGACGAUGGAAGCUGGAUUUCUCUCGAUGAUCCUGACGCCUCUACACAGUCAGAGGAGGAUCCUAAUGGUGUGCCUAUAUUCCUCAGUCAAAUAAAGGAAUGGAUGAUUGAAUAUGGGUCCUCAAUGGUAUCGAUUUCAAUACGAACAGAUGUGGCCUGGUAUCGACUUGGGAAACCAUCGAAGCAGUACGCCCCUUGGCAUGGACCUGUUCUGAAAAUAGCAAGGGUCGGGAUAAGCAUUAUUACUUUGCUGGAUGAGCAAACUAGGGCUGCUAGGCUAUCAUUUCAAAAUGUCAUAAAAAGAGUGUCCGAGUUCGAGAAGAGCCAUACAGGUUAUAUUUCUUCUGAUCUCUCGGCUGUUGAGAGAUAUGUGGUCGUCCAUGGACAAUUAAUCUCGCAGCUAUUUUCAGACUUUCCUAACGAUGAUAUCAAAAAGUGUCCAUUUAUUAUUGACCUUGGAAGUAAAAUGGAGGAAAGGCACCACACAAAAUGGACCAUCAAGAAGAAGAAAGUUUUUCAGAGGGAAGUGAAUCUGAAUCCAAGGGCAGGUAUGGCACCUGUGGCAUCCAAGAGGAAGGCCAUGCAAGCAACAACAACUCGCCUGAUCAACAGAAUUUGGGGAGAGUACUACUCCAAUUACACUCCAGAGGUUUCAUCGCAGGAGAAUGGUGCAGAAAAUGUGGAGAAUGGUGCAGAAAAUGAGGAGGUAGAGUUUGAAGAGGAGGCCGAAAAUGAAGAAGAUGAUGACCCAGAGGAAACUGUACUAGAACCUGUUGAGGUUCACCAGUCUCAUACUCCAAAGAAAAUUUUAGGCACAACCGGCAAAAAGGAAAUAAGAUGGGAUGGUGAGAUUCUAGGCAAAACUUCUUCUGGUGAGCCUCUCUAUCGACAAGCCCUAGUUGGAGGGGAAAUGGUGGCUGUAGGUGGGGCUGUUUUCUUGGAAGUUGAUGAAGUUCCGGCCAUCUACUUUGUGGAGUACAUGUUCGAAAGAUCAGACCAUUGCCAAAUGCUACAUGGUAGACUCCUACAAAGAGGAUCCGAGACUGUUCUCGGUAAUGCUGGUAACGAGAGGGAGCUCUUCCUGACUGAUGAAUGCAUGGCUCUACAGCUCAAGGACAUACAAGGAACAGCCAGUUUCGAGAUUCGUUCAAGACCAUGGGGGCAUCAGUAUAGGAAAGAAAACACCGCCGCGGAUAAGCUUGACCGUGCCAGAGCAGAAGAAAGAAAGGCAAAAGACUUGCCAACAGAAUACUUUUGCAAAAGCUUGUAUUCGCCUGAGAGAGGGGGCUUCUUUACUCUUCCACUAAGUGAUAUUGGCCGUGGUUCUGGAUCCUGCGUUUCAUGUAGGAUAAAGGAGGAUGAAGAGGAAAGGGCAAAGAUUAAACUCAAUGUUUCAAAGACGGGCUUUUCCUCCAACGGGAUUCAAUAUUCUUCUGGGGAUUUUGUCUACGUCAACCCCGAAUAUAUAAGUAUAGAUGGACUGAAAGAGAGUAAUGGAACAUUCAAGUCUGGGAGGAACAUUGGUUUAAGAGCUUAUGCUGUCUGCCAAUUGCUGGAGAUCAUUGUCCCACAGGAAUCUAGAAAGGGUUCCUUUGAGGUUAAAGUGAGAAGGUUUUAUAGGCCUGAGGAUAUUUCUGCAGAGAAGGCUUAUGCUUCAGACAUCCGAGAGUUGUAUUACAGCCAAGACACAGAUGUUCUCCCUCCAGAGGCUCUAGAGGGAAAAUGUGAAGUGAGGAAGAAAAUUGAUAUGCCCUUAUGCUCUGAAUAUCCAAUAUCAGAGAAUAUCUUCUUCUGUGAACAUUUCUAUGACUCGUCCAAAGGUUCCCUCAAGCAGUUACCCUUCAACAUCAAGCCGAAGUUCUCUACCAUUGAGGACGACACGCUUCUAAGAAAGAAAAAGGGCAAGGGAGUAGAGAGUGAAGCUGAUGAUUCUGGGACUGUCAAGCCUGAUGAGGUACCUAAAGAGAUGCGUCUGGCUACACUGGACAUUUUUGCUGGUUGUGGUGGCCUCUCUAAAGGACUGGAACAAGCAGGUAUAUCUGAGACAAAGUGGGCGAUCGAGUAUGAAGAGCCAGCUGGGCAGGCCUUCAAGAAAAACCAUCCGGAAUCAACAGUUUUUGUCAACAACUGCAACGUGAUUCUUAGGGCCAUAAUGGAGAAAGGUGGAGAUCAAGAUGAGUGUAUCUCUACAAAAGAGGCAGAUGAACUCGCAGCUAAACUUGAUGAGGAUCAGAAGCGUACUCUGCCACUGCCUGGUCAAGUGGAUUUCAUCAACGGAGGCCCUCCAUGCCAGGGAUUUUCUGGUAUGAACAGGUUCAACCAAAGCUCUUGGAGUAAAGUUCAGUGUGAAAUGAUAUUAGCAUUCCUGUCCUUUGCUGAUUAUUUCCGGCCAAGGUAUUUUCUUCUGGAGAACGUGAGGACCUUUGUGUCAUUCAAUAAAGGGCAGACAUUUCAACUUACACUGGCGUCUCUUCUCGAAAUGGGCUACCAGGUGAGAUUUGGAAUCUUGGAGGCAGGUGCAUAUGGGGUUUCUCAAUCUCGCAAAAGAGCUUUUAUUUGGGCAGCUGCACCAGGAGAAGUUCUACCAGAAUGGCCUGAACCUAUGCAUGUCUUCAAUGUUCCGGAGUUGAAAAUCUCACUAUCCAAAGGUUCACACUAUGCUGCCGUUCGUAGUACUCAAUCUGGUGCAGCUUUCAGGCCAAUCACAGUGAGAGACACAAUUGGAGAUCUUCCACCAGUAGAAAACGGAGAAUCAAAGACAAACAAAGAGUAUCAGGCUGACCCAAUCUCGUGGUUCCAAAAAGAAAUCAGAGGAAACAUGAUUUCUCUGACUGAUCAUAUCUGCAAAGAGAUGUGCGAACUAAACCUCAUUCGAUGUAAGAGAAUCCCAAAGAGACCAGGUGCUGAUUGGCGUGACCUCCCAGAUGAAAAGAUCACCUUAUCAAAUGGGAAAGUGGAACCUUUGAUUCCAUGGUGUUUGCCAAACACAGCUAAGCGUCACAACCAAUGGAAGGGACUCUUUGGGAGAUUGGACUGGCAAGGCAACUUUCCAACUUCCAUUACUGAUCCUCAGCCAAUGGGUAAGGUUGGAAUGUGCUUCCAUCCUGACCAAGACAGAAUCCUCACAGUCCGUGAAUGCGCCCGAUCUCAGGGGUUUCCGGAUAGCUAUGAGUUUGCAGGGAACAUAACACACAAGCAUAGGCAGAUUGGGAAUGCAGUGCCUCCACCAUUGGCUUUUGCUCUUGGCCGUAAGCUCAAAGAAGCGGUGCGUCUAAAGGCGUCUCUUCAACAGCAACCCUAAAUUUUGGAUCAUCAUUUAGAUUGGCAUUUCCACUUUUAUUAGUCAUUGUAAUCCUCCUCUUGAAACUCGUAGUCAUUGGUGUAGGAGAGAUUUGUAUAUUUCCAUUUCUCGAUUGGGGUUGAUGAAACAUUAUUUAAGAGUAAUCAGAAAGAUAAAAAAAGUUCAAACUACUUCAA